AUGAUCAAGAGGCAUACGAAAUCUGAACAAUGUGAUACCAAGCCGAAGGAUCGCGGGGAUAAUGUUAGAAAAGAAGAGAAGAUGAUGAAAUUUAUCAAAGUCGACAUGGAGACCCAGGUGAACCAGAAAAACUUUGGCGAUCGAGGCGAUUCGCCGGGCAAGAAAACCCAAAAAACCGAUAACAAGAAAAACGAUUUGGACGUACAUAAGAGUCAAAAUAUCGAUAAAUUGAAAAAGCGGUUCGGUUUAAAUAGAAAUACUGCCGAAGACAAUUUUAGAUCUGAGAGGAAUAUGAAAAAAACAAUUGAGAAAAUGAACAUGGAUAUAAAACCUUUGGAUAUUGACAAGAGGAGGAAGUUGGCUGAAAAAUACACGUUCCGGAAAGCUCACGAUUACUGCACGUUAGUUGUACGGAAAGAUAACAACAAAACUGAAAAAGGAGAUUAUAAGAAAAAUUUUAAGUUACCUCUUAAGUCCCAGGAUUUGGGAGUACCCCCGGUGCGGCUCGGAGAUCAAAACAUCAAAAACCUAGCAAGCAACACGGAAGCAGAAGAAAAGAGUCUACGAAUCGACUUCGGCACGUCGCCCGAUAGAAAAACCACAAAGUUCGAUAGGGAACUGAGACAUUCCGACAGAAAGCCGAUAAUUAAAACUUUAGUUUCAAAGGGCGACUGUAAGGUCUACAAAGCAGUCACUUUCGUCGAUAAGAAGACAAAAUCUACGCCACUGAGAAUAACUAUGCCGUCUUCGAAAACGCAGAGAGGCGACGGGUCUAGACUGAUAGGGACCGAAACCCCGGAUAGUACGCGCUCGAAAUAUAAAGUCGCGAGUACACCGGAAAAACCGGUAACGAACCGAAAAAACAAAAUAGUGAAACGCACGCGGAAGUCCUCGCCGGAGCUGUCAGUGCGGGAAAACGCCAAGCCGCCAUUAACGGAAGUAGCAAAAUGGGCGCCAUUGUCCGUUAACCCGCACACACAGCCGUAUUACGAAGCGUGGGUGAACAAAACGCCUGCAGCUAUGUCUAGAGACCCUGAAGAGGAAAAAUUCUACUUGGAACAGCAGGAUUUGUUACAAGCUCUCCAACAGAAGGCUAAGAACAAGACUCCAUCGCAGACGACACUGUCGUUAGUCGACGAGCACUAUACCGGUAAAAUAACUGUUUCACGUGAUAGGAAGCUCACCAGUCGCCCUUUUUUCAAAUUGACAAAUCCAGAACAUUUCUAAGUUGGAGAUUAUUCAAAGUGUUUUGUAUAAAAGACUCAUUAUUU